AUGCUUUAUUUGGCUGAAGGACCUUCGAGUGGACCACAGGAUUUCGACUUUAUAGCUGAGGAACUUGUUGUACCCGAAAUUAUUGUUGAUGAACGGGAGAACUUUUGGACGCCAGGUAGGGCCGUCGCCAUCACUUGUAUGAGUGUGGCCUUGUUGGCUGGUCUGGCGGUGGCUGUUUACCGGAGAUGUCGACGACUUGGAAAUUACAUUCACGAAUUGGAAGAAGACCUGAAAAUGGAACGAACCGAGGUGGCCAGACUGAGAGAUCGUCUGGAAACUCAACAAGAAGGGAACUUGAAGAUGGAGGAACGCCUGGACGAGAUGACCCACGAUAUCCAAUUGUUGGGACUCGAGCGAGGACGUCUGGAUGCUGAAAAGAUGAUGCUAGAAGACGUUCUGGAAAAGAGUAAGCUGAAGGAAACGGAAAUGGAACGUCUCUUGAACGGAGCUAAGGACCAAAUCGAGUUUCUACAAAAUCAAAUUGUAGAGAAAGAUCUUCUGAUUGAACGGGAAGCAUUGGAAAGAAAAGAAAUAGAAAGUCGUUUGGAAGAAGAGGACAAAGUUAGAGGCAGAAACAUCCAGAUUUUGGAAAGAGAGAGGAAUCUUUUCCAGGAGAGGAUGGAAAGCGCUCUGAAGGAGGGAACCGAGCUCGCCUCGAGACUAAUGGAAGCUGAAGCCACCAAUCGAGAAUUGGCUUCGGCGAACAAAGGCCUCAAGAGGGCGAAUGACCAAAUGCGAGAAGCUCUGGAAGAGAAAGAGAAGGAGGUCGACCAUCUGGAAAAUUUGAAGGAAGCCUCUGCACAAGAAAUAGCUGGUCUCAAGAAGGAAAUUGAAAAGAAUCAGUACGAACAUGAGAAGAACAGAAUUUUGAACGACGAAGUUCAGCAAAUGAGAAACUGGGUUGCUGAACUAGGAGGUCAAAACGCCAAAAUGGAGGAGGAACUGGCCAAUAGAGAACUGAAAAUAAAUUUACUGAAGAAGUCCUUAAAAAAUGGAGAAGGCGAGAACAGAAUUUUGAAUGACGAAGUUCAGCAAAUGAGAAAUUGGGUUGCUGAACUGGGCGGUCAGAAUGCUAAGCUGGAGGAGGAAUUGGCCAGUAACAAACUGGAAAUGAAUUCACUGAGGAAUUCUUUACAAAAUGGAGAAGCACAGAAUAGUAUUUUGAAAGAAGAAGUUCAGCAAAUGAGAAAGUGGGUAGCUGAACUAGGCGGUCACAAUGCUAAGCUGGAGGAAGAAUUGGCCAGUAACGAAAAGGAAAUAAAGUCAUUGAAGAAUUCCCUAGAAGCUGGAGAAGGAGAGAACAGAAUCUUGAAGGAAGAAGUUCAGCAGAAGAGCAACUGGGUUGCUGAACUAGGAGGUCAAAACGCAAUGAUGGAGGAAGAAUUGGCCAAUAAAGAACUGAAAAUAAAAUCACUGAAGAAAUCCGUAGAAGAUGGAGAAGGACAGAACAGAAUUCUGAAAGAAGACGUUCAGCAGAUGAGGAAUUGGGUAGCUGAACUAGGAGGUCAGAAUGCCAAGAUGGAGGAGGAAUUGGCUAGUAACGACCAGGAAAUAAAUUCACUAAAGGAGUCUUUAGAAUGUGAAAAGGAGAAGAACAGAAGUUUGGCUGAAGAAGUUCAGCGGAGGAGAAAUUGUGAAGCUGAACUAGGAGGCAAAAAGGCCAAGCUGGAAGAAGAGUUACAUGAUAAAGAACAGGAAAUGAAUUCACUGAAGAUUUCUUUAGAAAAGGGCGAAGAGACAAACAGAAUUUUGAGAGCAGAAGCUCAACUGAUAAGAAACUGGGCAGCUGAAGUUGAAAGUGAAAGGGCUGAAAUAAAGAAAGAGUUGGUUGAGAGGGACCAGGAAAUAACUCUUUUGAAGAAUUGUUUAGAAAAUGAAGAAGAGAAAUACAGAAUUCUGGAUGAGGAACUCGAGCAAAUGAAGGCGCAGCUGGCUAAAUUGAAAGGCAUGAAUUUAGAUAUUACAGGAGAAGUGACCGAAAAAGAUAAAGUGAUAAAGUCCAUGGAGAAUGCUCUAGAAAACGAAAAGGAGAGAAACAAAGAGUUAAGGAAAAAAUUGCUGAAGCAAGUUGAGAGACUUGAUCGCAUCGUGGCAUUCGCCCAAACCAUGGACAAAUAA